CAGCUGUUUUCCCUAAGGUUAAGCACGGUCGCACUAUUCAUUUCAUAAGAUUCGACAAACAAAAUAAAAUCAUUGAUAAAUAAUUGAUUAAUUCAUUAAAUUGGAUCUUCACUAUGUUACGAGCUUUAAAAUCACACGUGGAGGCCCCCAUUGUAAUUGCCACCCGUGCGGCAUCAACAAAUGCGGAAAAGCUGGAUGAGAUACGGGAACGUCUGGCCAAGGGACCCAACUUCCAGGACUUUGUCCAAAAUCCGGAGUACUCGAAAAACGAAUGGGAAAACUAUGAGGGAAAGCUGCGCCGCGAAAAGGGCGAGGAGCAGCGCCUUCGACUGCCACCCUGGCUGAAGACGACGAUUCCCGUGGGCAAGAACUACGCCAAGAUCAAGGCCCAGAUGAGGGACCUCAAGCUGUCCACCGUCUGCGAGGAAGCGCGGUGUCCGAACAUAGGCGAGUGCUGGGGCGGCGGCGAGCAUGGCACCCAGACAGCCACAAUUAUGCUCAUGGGUGAUACUUGCACCCGAGGCUGUCGAUUUUGCUCGGUAAAGACGGCUCGUAAGCCACCGCCCCUGGACGUGAAUGAGCCCGUCAACACGGCCACGGCCAUUGCCUCCUGGGGAUUGGAUUACAUUGUGUUGACCUCGGUAGAUCGAGAUGAUUUGCCAGACGGCGGCUCGAAGCACAUAGCUGAAACAGUUCGGGAAAUUAAAGCUCGUAACUCCAACAUAUUCGUGGAGUGCCUGGUACCGGACUUUCGGGGCAAUCUGGAGUGUGUAGCGACGAUUGCCAACUGCGGCCUGGAUGUGUAUGCGCACAACAUCGAGACGGUCGAGAAACUCACACCCUAUGUGCGAGAUAGACGCGCCCACUAUCGUCAAACCCUGCAGGUGCUUACCGAAGCGAAGAAGUUCAAUCCCAAUCUCAUCACAAAGAGCUCAAUUAUGCUGGGCCUCGGUGAAACGGAUGGGGAGAUUGAAAACACUUUAAAGGAUCUGCGGGAGGCCGGAGUCGAUUGUGUUACCUUGGGGCAGUAUAUGCAGCCCACGAACAAGCACCUCAAGGUUAUAGAAUACGUCACGCCUGAGAAGUUUAAACACUGGGAGGAGCGUGGUAACCAAAUGGGUUUCCUGUACACGGCCAGUGGUCCGCUGGUUCGCAGCUCUUAUAAAGCAGGCGAGUUUUUCAUCACGAGUAUAUUGGAAAACCGUAAAAAAAGGCAAAACGCCAAUGCAAUCCCCAAGGAGUAGGACGAUCUUUCUGCCUUUCUGAUUAAAAAAUUUCAGCAUGCCUUCAUAAACAUAUUGAUACUUUUAGCUAAGCCUUUUGUUUACAAACCUUUCGCUUGUUGUGCAAUGUAUAUAUUACCAUAAAUCAAAUUUAUUAUUUAAAAAUAAAUUCGAAUUUUAUAGUUUUU